CGAGCCGCAGAAUCGGCCCCCACUAUCCAGCGGGAGUUCUCUGGUACGCCGUCGUACGUGAUCAAAUAAUCAUUGUUCGACUUAACUGCACGAUCUGCCGGAUUUCAAAGGCCCCAAGCGUGCGCGUGACGAACGCUUCCUGACGCUUCCGCGUCGUCCACAAAAGCCAUGGAUCUGCGCAAAGUGAAGGACGACGAGAAGCUGCGACUGUGUCGGUGGUACUACCGGGGCGGCUUCUUCGCGCUGCCCUUCCUGUGGCUGGUGAAUGCGGUGUGGUUCUUUCGAGAGGCCUUCAUCCGGCAGCCGUUCGAGGAGCAGAAGAUGAUCAAGGCGUACGUGAUCAGGUCGGCUAUCGGCGCCUCGCUGUGGACCGUCGUGCUGGUCGCCUGGGUGACGUACUUCCAGCUCAACCGCGUCCAGUGGGGAGCAUUCGGCGAUGCCAUAUCGUUCAUCACUCCCACCGGAAUACCCUGAUGUCCGCCGACAAGACUGCGCGUCGUUCCCCCCAGAAAAGAUCGCAGGAGUCGCGCUCACAGUUUAUUUUUCUUUCUUUUUGCGACCUUGCGUUCUGUGCGGACAAUAUAACAUCGCCGUGAACUCGGCACCGUAGGCGGUUCCAUUAAAGCAGUUGCUCUUCUUCUG